AUGACACUUGCAUGGAACAAGAGAAGUAUGAAGAGCAAGUUGCAGUGCCAUAAAACAGCCCAGGACUCACAGGGCACCUCUAUCACUAGGGCAACUUGUUCUGCUGUUGGGCAAGAUGUUGCCAAUGGUGUGGAAGAUGUGGAAGAGAUGUUUGGUGAUGGUCCAACUCAGGAAGAGAGCCUUGGAAACAGCACAGAAGUUGCUGAUGAAGCUGUCACAGCAAGGAAGUGCUCUGCAAAUGGUGAUGUUGCAGGAAUUGGAAAGGUAAAGGACUGGGCAGAGAAACCUUUGAGCAGCAAGGCCAUCCACUCUCCAAGAGUCAGUGCUUCCAGUGCAUCACAUUCCCAUGCUUCUUCACUUUUGAAUGUGAUGUCCCUUGGGCUCAAAGGGAGCACAAGGUCUACUCAUUCAAGUGCCACUCAACCACUGCCCACACCUGCAAGUGUCAGCAGUAGGGUUGUGCCUGUUUUGUACCUGGGUGAAGACAGCAAAUUGGCAGAGUUCAGGAACUACACACAGGAAAGCAUCAGUAAGGGAAGCAAUGCCAGUACUGGGGUAUCUGGUGAAGUGAUUGACAACAUACAUACCCUGUCCAUCACCCCACCACCCCCAUCCCAACCACCCAUCAUUGCCAAAACUGCAGUGUCAGUGAAGCCUGUGAAGAGUUGA